CUGAAGUUUUCUGCCACCCUCUACUUGGUGCCACUGACUGAAUCAUAAUUGACCUGGACCGAACAGUUGAACUGUUUCCCUUCUUCGAUUACAGUGGCAGAAACAUAGUACAUGACACUGCCACAACUCCAUGAACACGUGAACAGUCAUGUAUAAACCAUAUACCGACCUUGCCGGUUCUCUAUCCCAAUUUCAAACUCAAACCUUCCUUACCAUCAUUAUCAGUCUCUUCUUCAAACGAACUUGACACCUAUCACAAUAUAUCAACACAACCACCUUCAAAACACAAUCAUGAGUGCUCCGACUAACACUCAGAAUGCCCCCGGGAUCCCAAAGCUGCCGACACUACCCAAGGAGAUCACUUUGAAAAUCCUUACGGAGAUCACUCAAAAGAGUGAAUCCGUCUGCGGUGAAGUCUCCAGUGACUAUUACACUGUCAUCUACACUCGGGGUCAGCCGGAUCGUAAUGGUGUGUUUGGACAGGGCCAGAUCGAAAGUAUUCCCUUCCAACACAAAUGUAUCCAUGAGGCACCUGUCACCGACGGUGAGAUCGAUUUCCUGACGCCCGAAAACUUGAGCUGGAAGCUAGCACUCGAAAAGAAUCGGGUGCUUCACCAACUGCAUAUCUAUGAUAGAUAUCUCAAUCCCGAUCUUGUUGAAUCGAUGCGGGCCCUCUGGAGUCGACACAAUAACGGACAUCCGGACCUCGAAGCAUUUCACCGUGAAGCCGAACAUCUUCUUGUUCUCACCGGAGAUAUUAUGAAUGACCUUCCCUUCGCUGUUGAGGCUUAUGGUGGAAUUGACGGUCCUAACCGCAAUGCCUAUGUCAAGAAGCUGCAUGCAAACGACAAUCUUCUCGAGUGUCAGCGACGAGGCCAUGUCAUGAUUAGGUCUUCUCCAUGGACGGUGGACGACGAAGUAUUCGAUGAGGUUGAGGAGCAUGAGUACCUCAUCUCUCAAGUGUCUGAUAGACUCGAUGCCAAUAUGCAGGUCGAAUUAAAUCGCGCUUUAUUUAGCAGACGAAUUGCGGAUCGUCUGGCUCUUCUUCAUCUGAACUGGUCUCUCAUGACUGGCCUCAAGAGCCUUUGCCUUGAUCUCUCAGGACCUUGGACCGCUGGCCCCAACGCGGGACUCAAGUCCUUGUGUGUUAAGAUGGGAAUGCAUCUGAAGCUCAAGACACUUAUUGUUCUUGGACUUCCCGCAAGAAAGAAUUUCGGUAAGAUGGGCAAGGACUUUUGGGUUGAAACACUCGAAAACCAGGAAUAUGUGCCUAACACUGUCGCCAAAAGCCACUUUGAAGACAGCAACGAAAGCGACGAAAGCGACGAUGAGAAUGGUGAUGAUGAACUAGCUGGGUUCCCAACAUAUAUCUAUUGGUUGAAGGAGUGUCUUCAGCCCGGCGGACAGAUCCAUUUUGUGAUGCAGUAUGCGCCAGAGACGGAGCUGUAA